AUGGGGCUGCCCCUGCCAGGGCUGUGGCUGAAGAGGCUCUGGGUGCUGUUUCAGGUGGGCCUGCACGUGGCCAUGGGCAAAGUGCUUCUGACACUGUUUCCCGGGAGAGUCAAGCAGAACAUCCUGGCCAUAAGUGAGAAGACUGGCGUGGCCAAGAAUCCCCACUUCUCCUAUGAAAACUGGAUCCCCACUUUCUUCAGUACCCAGUAUUUCUGGUUCAUCCUGAAGGUCCGUUGGCAGCGACUGGAGGACAUGACGGAGCAAGGGGGUCUAGCCCCAAACUGCCCCGUGGUCCGCCUGUCAGGACAGAGGUGCAACAUCUGGGACUUCAUGCAAGAUGGCUGGGCUUUUAAGAACAACGUGGACAUCAAGAAUCACCAGCAUCUCCAGGACCGCCUGCGGGCAGCCCGCCUGCUGCUGGACAGGAGCCCCCAGUGCCCCGUGGUGGUGGACACAAUGAAGAACCAGAGCAGUCAGCUCUACGCAGCGCUGCCUGAGAGGCUGUAUGUGCUCCAGGACGGCAGGAUCCUGUACAAGGGUAAACCUGGCCCUUGGAACUACCAUCCAGAAGAAGUUCGUGCUGUUCUGGAAAAGCUCCACAGUUAA